AUGGAGGACGACGCGCCGGUCAUCUACGGGCUGGAGUUCCAGGCACGGGCGCUGACCCCGCAGACGGCAGAGACAGAUGCCAUCCGGUUUCUGGUUGGGACGCAGUCUCUGAAGUACGACAAUCAGAUCCACAUCAUAGACUUUGACGACGAAAACAACAUCAUAAACAAGAAUGUCCUCCUCCACCAAGUGGGUGAAAUCUGGCACAUCAGUGCCAGCCCCGCAGACAAGGGCGUGCUGGCCACCUGCUACAGUAAGAUCACAGACAGCCGCGUGCUGACGUGCGCCGCGGUGUGGAGGAUGCCGGAGGAGUCGGAGCCGGGCAGCCACGAGUCCCCCGACGAGGCGUCGAGCACGGCCCACGCCCUGGAGCUGCUCUGUGACCUGGACGGCGCGGGGGCCCACGGCAGUGUGGCCUGCGUCGUGUGGGAGCCCACGGGCGACGGGAAGAGGGUCGUCUCCCUGGCCGACAACCACCUGCUGCUGUGGGACCUGCAGGAGAGCUCCAGCCGGGCCCUGCUGGCCAGCUCGGCGUCGCUGGAAGGCAAGGGGCAGCUGAGGUUCACCUCGGGGCGCUGGAGCCCGCACCACAACUGCACCCAGCUGGCCACCGCCAACGACACCGCCGUCCGCGGCUGGGACACGCGGAGCAUGAGUCAGAUCUACUGCAUGGAGAACGCCCACGGGCAGCUGGUGCGGGACCUGGACUUCAACCCCAACAAGCAGUACUACCUGGCCACCUGCGGGGACGACUGCAAGGUCAAGUUCUGGGACACGCGCAAUGUCACGCAGCCCGUGGCCGCCCUGGAGGAGCACUCGCACUGGGUGUGGAACGUCCGCUAUAACCACUCGCACGACCAGCUGGUCCUCACGGGCAGCAGCGACAGCAGGGUCAUCCUCUCCAACAUGGUGUCCAUCUCCUCCGAGCCCUUCGGCCACCUGGUGGACGACGAGGACCUGAGUGACCAGGAGGAGCGCCGCCCGGAGGACAAGAGCCAGGAGCCCCCGCAGGACGGUGUCAUUGCCACGUACGAGGAGCACGAGGACAGCGUGUACGCCGUGGACUGGUCCUCGGCCGACCCCUGGCUCUUCGCGUCGCUGAGCUACGACGGGCGGCUGGUGAUCAACAGGGUGCCCCGCGCGCUCAAGUACCACAUCCUGCUCUGA